AUGUCUGAUCCAGGGAACAUUGACAAUGCGACUGAAGUUGAUCGUGAUCUUACCCGUAUGUGCGAGGAGACACAUCGAACAAACACAUAUGGGGAUUGUGAUCAAUAUGUUCACCAUCCAAAAAUAAUGGCAAAAGCCGGUUUCUAUGAACUAGAUAAGAGACUGAUUUGCUUCAGAUGUGGUUUAAGCAUCGAUAUCGAUGAUAUUGGAAAAACCGAUGACAUCGUGGAAGUUCACCAGACAAAGAGCCCGAAAAAACAUUUAACUAGCGCCUACUGUGAUUUUGCAAUGAGAAAGGUAACCGGUAAUGUACCUAUUCGUAUAGAUAAGAUUAUACGUAAGAUCAUCGGUCAUCAAGAAACAGAUAACGAAAAAAACAGCUGCGGUGACAACGAAGGAAGAAGCCGUGAAGCUAGUGGCGAAGAAGACGGUGGAGAUUCACGCGAGUCGGAAAAUGACAGUUCCUCGAGAAUCAGUGUUGGUGACAUGUUGUCGGAGAUGGGCAUCGAAUCGUAUUCUGGACCAGAGCACGAAAAUUUGGCAACGCCAAGAAGUCGCAAAUACACCUAUGGCGAUUGGCCUCUGGGAGAUAUAAUGCGCCCCAAAAGAUUGAUAGCUGCUGGAUUCUUUUAUUCGGGGUACGGUGACCACGUAAUUUGUUUCCACUGCGGUGUCGGUAUCCGCAAUUGGGAAAAGGGUGAUGACCCAUGGACACAACACGCUAUGUGGAAUCCCGAGUGUCGUUAUGUUCGAACCUUAAUGGGACAAACGUUUAUCGAUACGGCGAAGAUGGUCAAGAGUGCGCUUUUUAGAAAACCUACUCUUGAGAGAACUUAUUCUGUAACGGACGAAGAUUGGAAUGCUGUUAUGGGUCUGGAUAUCACCAAAGAUUUGCUGAUGUCACUCUUUCCAGUUGCUGCCGUCAGAGAUUGUAUUCGAGAACGGAUUCUAGUUCAUAAAAUCCCAUUUAUUACCAAACAGGAAGGUCUUUAUUACGCGAGAGAGAAAAUCGUAGCAUACGGUAAUAUGGAUAUAACCUUAGCAAAAAAGAUCAGCCGUAUGAGCACGGAAUAUAUUCAAAAUUACCAUGCGGUAUAUUCUGUGAUGUAUUUUUUGAUGGACCUUAAGAGAAUAUUCAUCGUGAAUCAAGAUAGGCUCCUGACAGUGUGA